AUGGCCACAACACAGGACCCGAACAGUGCCUUGGGUACACAGGAUGCAAAUUCGACCACUAAGAAGCGGACCCACCCCGAGGACUUCAAGCGCGCCUACAAGGCUUGCAUUAAUUGCCGGCAGCGCAAGGCAAAAUGCAUUCUGGGCACUGGGCCGGACGGUGGUGAGCUAAAGCCACCGUGCCAAAGAUGCAAGCGAGAAAUGCGAGAAUGCGUCUUCAGAUCUGAACGCUCAUGGGUGAAAAGACGAAAGCCUGGAGAGGUGAGAGAUGAGGAGGAAGAGGAGACUCUGAGCUCGAGACCUCAGACUCAGCCCCCUGCGCCUGCACCCGUACCUACCCAACCGUCUCCCGCGCAAAGGUCAUCUAUCUCGGGCCAUGGAUUCACGCCUGUGCAAAGUCCUUAUUUGAAUGGACGUGCACAUCGCUCUGACAUCCUGUCGCCACCGGCUCAUUUUCGCCGAGUAUCAUCGUCUCAGCCAGAUCUUGCCCACUCCGUGAUGAGGACUGUUGUUUCUAGCGGCAGUGAUGCUUUGAACCUGCUCUUUGAGGCUGCGAACCAUCGCGAUGCUAUCGAUAACCAAGAAGCAAACGGGUCGCAGGCGUACGAAACCCCAAGGUCAGGACCGUCUUGUGGGUACGAUGCUGGGUCGCCGUACCACACAUUCCGAGCGCAGCCAGUGCAGAUGUCAACACCAUCGCCAGAGACGCUCAAGAUAUGGACGUCAUGUCGAUUUGUGCAGAUGGGGUGGUUUUCUGCGCACGAGGCCGUUACCUACGUGGAUCUUUUUUUCAAGAACUGCUCACCUCUAUCGCCUAUCCUCGGCGACUUCUACUCGCAUCACGAGAAUCACUACUCAUUAAUAGCAUUGGACCCGUUCCUGUGUGUCACCAUACUCAUGAUAUCGUCUCGCUACAACAUCCUGCCUGGCGUAGGAGGUGCAUCAAGAGGCUACUUUGUCCACGACCGAUUGUGGGAGCAGUGUCAGCGCUUCAUCAUGAAGAUCAUGCUCGGUCAGGUCAAGCCUUCAAAAGCACAGAGUCGGACAAUUGGCUCAAUCGAAGCGUUGCUGCUGCUUUCAGAGUGGCAUCCGCGCGCACUGCACUUCCCCACUGCGGCGGACGGAUGGGACUGUGAGCUGAUGAUCGGCGCAAACAACACCACAGCAGAAGGCGCUAAGCUCUUAGAAGGAGACACGACAUCAAGUCGAUGGCUUGAAGAUGUGAUAGAGCCUGCCAAACGAUCGGAUCGGAUGUCGUGGAUGUUGAUGGGCUCUGCCUUGUCGAUGGCCCAAGAGCUGGGCCUGUUCGAGGACAACGCUAGCAUCGACAAGGAUCAAAGGUCAUACCCCAAGUCGUCUACCGAGUUCCUGAUAUUACGGCGCAUACGAGCUCGGAAGCUUCUCUAUGUCUUGCUGGAGCAGCUGUCGUGGCGUCUGGGCUGCACUUCUAUGAUACCGCAGAGCCUGAACCACGCACUGAUGGAGAAGAUCCCAGUAGAUUCCGCUACUGGCGCCGUUGAGCAGUGGCAAUCGUUCAUGAGUGCAUGGGUCGAGCUCACCAAGCUCGCGCGGUCUGUAUCUGACACUAUCUAUCCCUCUGCAGCGACAACGAAGAGCUUGCUGCGGACCGGACGGUACAUCGGACUGUUGGAGCACUUCCAACCGCUAUUGACCUCGUGGCGCAAAAAGUAUCUAGAUCCUUGUAAACUGAAGGUAGGACUACAUGACAUGCUCACGAUUGAAUACCAAUAUGUCCGCAUCUACACCAACUCAGUAGGCAUGCAAGCAGUCGUCGAACGAACCCUCGCCGAGACAGAUACCGAUGUCCCACAGGACGAUAUCUUACCCAUGAACCUCGAGCCCAGAGACUACGACUUCAUCCAAGAAGUCGUAGACGGAAGCUGUCAAAUUCUGCAAAAGGUAGUCCAGCUCUCAGAAUCAGGGGCCCUGCGCUAUUCGCCCGUGCGGAUAUUUCUGCGCAUUACGACGUCGUCGAUAUAUCUGAUCAAAGGUCUGAGCUUGGGAUCACGGAACCAGAAACUGCAGUCGUCGCUCGACAUCCUGGAUGCCGCAAUCCGCGCUCUGCGUGCCAGCGUUCUCGAUGACAUGCACCUCGCCUCCCGCUACGCCACUCUCCUCGAACUACACGUCGCUCGCUUACGCGACAGUUUCGUCGUCUCCUCGCGCCCACCGCGGAUUCCAUCGCGCGCCACGUCUGCCGAGAGGAAUGGCACCACGGGUAUGGACUUCCUGAACAACCAUGCUGGUCAGUCGGCGCUUGCGGGGCUAGCAGGAGAUGUAACGGGCAUGAUGCCUGACGAUGAUUGGCUAGCACUGCCUUUUGAUCCGGCGAUGGCGCCGUUUGGACUUGACAAUCAGCAGAAUUUCCAGAGCUUUGACGAUGGGACACUGGACUUUAUCUGGAAUCUGCCCAUGUAG